AAUACGCUUCCCAAGAUGGAGAUAUGUAAUUUACAUUCCUUGUGUUGAUUUUAAAAAAAUCCCCUCGAGCAGGGUUCUUCAUUCCACAAUGCUACUGGAUACUUGGUUCUAAUUAUUAGUAAACUUAUCUUGAUAGUCAGGUUAUUGAACCCAAAUAACCUCAACGCCAGUAGCUAAAUCAACACCUUUUUCUAAAUUCCAUGUCUGCUGUCUCGUUCAAGUUUAUUUUGAUCAGCUGACUGUGCUAUAAUUAACGUUGACAAGCAUCCAAUGUUUGGGUUAAACAAAUAAAUAUCAAUGAUUUUGCGAAAAUUAACUAGUUAGCGAAAUUCAUCUGCUUGAUAUAGACCUCUAUCAAUGAUCUGAAUCAAUUCGUCAUUCUUCUACCAAAUAAUGAAUUCUACAAAUAGUUUUUGGGCACAAAAUUGUCGAUCAGGACGUCGAAGAGACUUUUCAAUAGUUAUUGUCCUUGGAGUGCUGAUAGGUUCAGCUUUGCUGGCUUAUACUGCUUUUGGACCUAAAAAAGACAAUCGAACUAUCAGACAAGUUGCCAUUAUAUUCCGUCAUGGUGAUAAAACACCUAGCAAGUCUUAUGCAACUGAUCCUUACCAGAAUUACAGUUGGGAAGAUGGCUGGGAUGCUUUGACGAAGGAGGGCAUGCUUCAGUUGUAUCACCUAGGAGAAUGGAUCAGACAAGAGUAUGGAGAAGUGAUUGGAAGAAAGUAUCAGUCUUCCAAGAUAUUUAUCCAAAGUAGCUAUGCUGAUCGUUGUAUCAUGUCUGCUCAAUCUUUGCUAGCAGCAUUAUUUCCACCAGCAGCUGAAGAAAUGUUUUUAAAUAACCUACCAUGGCGACCUGUACCUGUUCAUUCCAUUCCCAGAGAGAUGGAUAAAUUGAUCACUGUCAAAUAUCAUUGCACAAAAUUAGAGUAUGCUUUGAAAGAAGCUUAUGUUAAUGAGUCAAGGGUGUCAGAUAAAUCGCUGGCGAAUUAUUAUGCUGAGCUUUCUUAUCACACUGGUCAGAAAAUAGCAACAAUUACUGAUGUUGAGUUUUUGUAUAGCACUUUGAUGAUUGAAGAAAAGAAAGGAUUAGUGCUUCCAGAAUGGACUAAAAAAUUUUAUAACGAACAAAUGAAAGAAAUAGCUAUGAAGAGUUUGGCUAUUUUUACUAGUAAUACUCUCCAACGACGGCUUAGAGGAGGUCCAUUGCUAAAAGAGAUCACUGAUAACAUGAUGUUGGCUCGUAAUGGACAGACCAAGAAGCAAAUGUACUUAUACGCUGCUCAUGACAUCACAAUAGUAAACGUUCUCCGAGCCAUUGGUUUCACUGAAGAAUUAUUCCUACCAGACUAUGGAGCUGCGCUCAUUUUUGAACUGGUCCUGGCUGAGGACGUAACUGAAAAUGAUACCGAAUUGGACGUCAAACUUAAAUACUUAAACAACACUGAGAUGGUCGAAGCUCAUCCACUUGAGAUUCCAGGAUGCAAAGAGCCUUGUAAAUUUUUAGACUUACUAAGUGUUUGGAGAGAAGUACUACCUGUUAAUUGGGAUUCAGAGUGUGUUACGUCUAUUGUUUAUCUAUUUAGAGAUAAUAAAAUGAGUAGUAGAAAUCCAUAUAAAUGUAAUUAUCACAAAAAACGUCGUGAUUUUCGUUUAAUAUCUGAAAUACGACGAUGGAUUAUUGACUUUUGGUAUAAUUUUAUCAAACGUUUGAAGAAUGUUUUAUCAGAACGACGAUUAUCAAGAAUACAAUCUCUACAUACUAAGUCAAUUACCAAUAUUUCUACUCAUCUUGAUGCUGAGAAGAUCAAUCAUGUCUUGGCAGUACCAAGAGUGAAGUCACCGAAGUCAAAAAGAGCUAAGAAGCAUAGAAGAAAAGUGGAGAAAAAAAGCAGAGAAGAAAUAUUUGAAGAAUUAUCUGAUGAUUAUUUAGCACUCUAUAGAAAGAAAUCUUCAAGUCAUUUGAUUCCUAGGCAAACAGAGUCUGCAAUGAUUGAUAGGAAGCGAUCAUCAUGCAGCACGAGGUCUAGAAGAGCAUCAAGACAUUCGCAAAUAAACAUUAUGGUCCAAGAAGUGACUCAGAAAUAUGUUGGAGAUGGGUUUAUUGAUGAUCUUAACUGGCUUCCUAGAUUAUUUGGCUGUGUUUUGCCAUCAAGAUCAACAUCUAGGAUGAGCUUACAUAAAAUUGAGGAUAGUCAAGGCAAUAAUGAUGACAUUGACACCAAGAAUCAGCUAGAGAAAGUCAAAACAACACACCAAAAGCAUUCUAAAAUCCCUCGUUAUCAAUUCCAACAUCCUACUGUGAUGAAACCCAAGCCUAAAAUUCCUUAUUCCAAACAUCACCGGAACUGUAUCAGAAUAAAUAAAAAUAACCCCAAAAUGUUUAGUUGGUUGACUCGAGAAGGUGGAGAUAAGCAGGACAUCUUUGAUAAUGUGACUCAAGGACUGAAUCAGAUAUAUAAGACAAAAUUAUUACCAUUAGAACAACACUACCAAUUUUAUGACUUUCACUCGCCACAGUUGGAUGACCCCGAUUUCGAUGCUAAACCAAUGAUUCUGUUGGUUGGUCAAUAUUCCACUGGAAAAACCACAUUUAUCAAGUAUCUGUUGGAACGAGAUUUUCCAGGGAUACGAAUUGGUCCGGAACCGACGACAGAUCGAUUCAUAGCGGUGAUGUACGGUCAGAAGGAAGGAGUGAUACCGGGAAAUGCUCUAGUAGUUGAUCCAAGUAAACAAUUUAGGCCUUUGGCAAAAUUCGGCAAUGCUUUUCUCAACAGACUACAGUGUUCGACCCUUCCUUCGCCAGUGUUGAAAGGCAUUUCAAUAGUGGAUACUCCAGGAAUAUUAUCAGGUGAAAAACAACGAGUGGAUCGUGGUUAUGAUUUCACAGGAGUUCUAGAAUGGUUUGCUGAGAGAGUUGAUAGGAUUAUCUUAUUAUUUGAUGCUCACAAGUUGGAUAUUUCUGAUGAAUUUCGACGAUCAAUUGAAGCUCUACGUGGACAUGAUGAUAAAAUACGUAUUGUCCUGAACAAAGCAGACAUGAUUGAUCAUCAGCAGUUGAUGAGAGUCUACGGUGCUCUGAUGUGGUCAUUAGGAAAGGUUUUACAAACUCCUGAAGUAGCUAGAGUUUAUAUUGGUUCUUUUUGGGAUCAACCACUACGUUAUGAUGUAAAUCGACGACUGUUUGAAGCUGAAGAACAAGAUCUUUUUAAAGACAUGCAAUCACUGCCUAAAAAUGCUACUUUAAGGAAACUUAAUGAUUUAAUUAAACGUGCACGUCUUGCUAAGGUUCAUGCUUACAUUAUUAGUGCAUUGAAAAAAGACAUGCCGAAUGUUUUCGGUAAAGAUGCAAAGAAAAAAGAGUUAAUUAAAAAUUUAGGACAAAUUUAUGAUCAAAUUCAACGUGAACAUCAAAUUUCACCGGGAGAUUUUCCAGAUUUAAAAAAAAUGCAAGAAAAAUUAGCUCAUCAUGACUUCUCGAAAUUUAAUCCUCUUAAACCUAGGUUGUUAGAAGUCGUGGAUAAAAUGCUUGCUGAAGAUAUUGCUAAACUCAUGGCGAUGAUUCCUCAUGAAGAAAUAUCUUCCACCACCGAACCUUUGAUAAAAGGAGGAGCGUUCGAAGGUGUUGAGGAUCAAAUCAGUCCCUUCGGAUACAAGAGAGGCGAAGGUGUGGAUGCUGGUGCUGGAGAACCUGAAUGGAUUGUUAAUAAAGAAAGAUAUAAAUAUGAUUCAGUCUUUGAAUCAUUGGGUCCUACAGACGGAAAGAUCACUGGUUCAGCUGCUAGAUCAGAGAUGAUUAAGUCUAAAUUACCAAACAGCGUACUAGGAAAAAUUUGGAAACUCGCUGAUGUUGAUAAUGAUGGACAAUUAGAUGCUGAAGAGUUCGCUUUGGCAAUGCAUCUAAUAAAUGUCAAACUUGAUGGCUAUGAUUUACCAACGAGAUUACCCGAACAUUUAGUUCCUCCAUCUAAACGAUCAUGGGAGUCACAAAAUUAGGACAAUUUAUUCGUAUUUAAUUAAUGAAUUCAUUAAAAGAACUUUAUCUCUUUCUACGCAAAAAAAAAAAAAAAAA